AUGGCUCCAAAAGGUCCAAACCCCCAAGAACGAUUCGAGAGAGCGUCCAAGCACGCCCGUCUCCUCAACGCUCUCCUGUCUCACCCAGCGUGCCUGCCGGCUGAAUCCAGACGGCAAGCCAGACAAGGCACAAACCCCCAUCACGCUCUACUGGGGCCGGACUUUGCUGAAAAGCCCGACCAACUGGCAGACGACCUGUACCCUCGCAUGAAGGGUGGAAGACUCAACAACAAAUGGUCAGAGUCGGUCGGACGUGGCGUCAUGAUCUCCGGCGUCAUCUUGACCCCGGGCCAACAGAUGAUGUUCGGUGGUGUUUUUGCCUUUGGUCCUGAAGUGGAGGCUGCGGCGAGAGCAUUAAGAAGCGACAAAUGAUAGAUGACUCUUGUUGUCAUCAAAUGAUGAAUUUACG